GAGCCCUUGGGGCUGAGGUUCUACUGCUGGGAGAGAGCAGGGCGGGGUUGCCAUGGGGCAAUGUUUGAGGCACCAGAUGUGCUGGGAGGAUCUGGAGGAGUACCAGGCCCUGACCUUCCUGACCAGAAAUGAGAUUCUCUGCAUCCAUGACACCUUUCUGAAGCUCUGCCCCCCUGGGAAGUACUACAAGGAGGCCACGCUGACCACAGACCAGGUCAGCUCCCUGCCGGCCCUGAGGGUAAACCCUUUCCGAGACCGAAUCUGCAGAGUGUUUUCCCAUGACGGUGUGUUCUCCUUUGAGGAUGUGCUGGGCAUGGCAUCUGUGUUCAGUGAGCAGGCCUGCCCCAGCCUGAAGAUCGAGUAUGCCUUUCGCAUCUAUGAUUUUAAUGAGAACGGCUUCAUUGACGAGGAGGAUCUGCAGAGUAUCGUCCUCCGACUGCUGAACAGUGAUGACGUGUCUGAGGACUUGCUGGUCGACCUAACGAACCAUGUCCUGAAUGAGUCUGAUCUGGACAAUGACAACAUGCUGUCUUUCUCAGAGUUUGAACAUGCAAUGGCCAAGUCUCCAGAUUUCAUGAACUCCUUUCGGAUUCACUUCUGGGGAUUCUGAUGUGGCCGCAAAUACCUGAUCUGGCAAGGGAGACCACUGGAAUUCAAGCCCCUCCAAGCACUGGAGGAAUCUGCUUAGAAGUAUGACCUUGUUCCUGUCCCACCCUCAACUCUAGAAUAAUGUUUCUUAAAUAAAGAAAAAAAAAAAAAGUCUUUUCCUCACCC